AAUAAAAUUUUACUGACAGGUGACAUUCCACCGUCAUGGCGAAGUCAAAUAGUAUUGCCAUUUUUAAAGCCGUCUAAGGUACAAUCUGAUAUCAAAUCAUAUCGUCCGAUAGUUUUGUCAUCGGUGAUCACAAAAGUUGUUGAACAUUUAAUUAAAAAUCGGCUUGAAUGGUAUAUAGAAAAUAACGAAUAUCUGUCCCAAACUCAGUUUGGAUUUCGAAAAGGUAAAAGUGUGGGGGACAAUUUAGGCAUAUUAGUUACGGAUAUUCGUAAUGCUUUCUCAGAUAAAAAGUCAGUAGUUGCUGCUUUUUUGGAUAUUAAUUCGGCUUAUGAUAACGUUCUAUUACAUAUUCUAAAAAGUAAAUUAGAUAAAUUAAAGGUUCCCUAUUUUUUAACUAAUUCCAUUGUAAAUCUUCUUUCGGAGAGGAAAAUUAUUUUAGAUGUUGGCGGCCCUUAUAAGCCUAGUAGGCUGGUAUGGAGAGGUUUGCCACAGGGGUCUGUUCUGAGUCCUUUAUUGUACAAUAUUUAUACAUAUGAUCUAGAAGGUUCAGUCGGAGAUUCAGCAAGUUUAUUACAGUAUGCCGAUGACUUGGUUAUUUAUGCCUCUGAUAUGUCUGUAAGUACUGCUGAACGAUAUGUUUCCUCCUCUUUAUCUUUGCUAAAAAUCUGGAUGGAUGCAAAUGGCCUUGAUCUGUCUCCCUCAAAAAGUACUGUUGUACUUUUCACCAAAUCCCGUACUCCUUGCUCACUUAAUAUAACAUAUGAUGGGGAUAUAUUACCCAUUAGGAAUCAAGUUAAGUUCUUAGGAGCUAUUCUUGAUUCUAAACUAACGGGUCAACCACACUGCGAAUUUGUGGUUAGUAAAUGUGAGCGAAACUUGAACAUGCUGAGAUGUCUCGGUGGGGUUUGGUGGGGUGCUCACCUGGCUACACUGAGGUUGGUGUAUAAUGCUGUCAUUAGAAGUGUACUGGAUUUUGGGACCUUUUUCUUAGACCCAGGUAAUGUGGCUGGCUUUAGAAAACUAGAUCUCAUACAGUCUAGGGCUUUGAGGAUUGUUUCUGGUGCCAUGAAAUCGAGUCCGGUUAAUGCUCUGCAAAUAGAAUGUUGUGACCCUCCUUUAAACUUAAGACGUCAAUAUCUGUCCGAUAGAUUCAUUUUUAGAAUUGUUCAGUUCCAUAAUCAUCCCCUCAUUUCGAAACUAGAGUUUCUUUCUAAAAAAGUACCCUCUUCACAUAAACCUUUACCUUGUCUGUUAAAAAGUUUCCUGAAAUUCAAACAAUUACAAGCCCCAACUCAUUCUUUUCAGGUGCUCCCUUUAUUUGGCGCUUCUUAUGAUUCUCUCUUACUUUCUCCAGUGAUUUGCUUUUCUCUUGGCAUUGAAAAAUCUGAUUUUAAUGCCAAUGAAAAUUUUAAUUGCAAUGUCAAUAGUAAAUGGCCUAACUGGCAUCAAAUUUAUACAGAUGCAUCUAAACACUCCAGUGGGUGUGUUGGUGUUGGAGUGUAUCACAAACAGUACAACAUAGUUCAGAAAAUUAAAUUACCUCCGGAAUCAUCGGUCUUUACCGGUGAAUGUUUUGGACUAUUGAAAGCUCUUGAAUAUGUGCUGUCUUUCAAACUAAAAAAAACCGUUGUAUUUACUGAUUCCUUAAGUGCAUUACAGAGCUUAGCAAAAUUUUCACUAAAACUUAACCCUUUUUUUCAUGUAAUAUUUGAAUGUAAGAGAAAGCUGUUGCACUGCCAAUCACACAACUAUUUAGUAUCAUUUUGUUGGGUACCUAGUCACUGUGGCAUAUCUGGAAAUGUGAAAGCUGACAGUUUGGCCAACAGUGCUACUGUGACCGGUGACGUAUACCCGUACAAGAAUUUUGGCCAUGAUCUUGCUGCUUUGCCCGGCAUAUGCCUCCACAAAUCGUGGAAUAUGUGUUGGGAAGAGAGCGGCCGGAUUAAGGGUCGUUUCUUGUAUGCUAUACAGUCUUCCGUUCCCAGGAAGCCAUGGUUUGCCAAAUUGUCGUUUGGUAAAACCGCCACUUCUACUAUAAUUCGUAUGCGUCUGGGACAUAACAGCCUUCCAGUUCAUUUGCACAAACUUGUUUCCUUCGUUUUUUAUUAUUUAUAAACUGUAAAUAAAUAAAACGGCGAAUUAUAAAAACGUUAUUACUUGACGCUGGCUAAUGCACAAAACGUGCCAGAGCCAAAAAUAAAGAAGAAGAAGAAGAAAUAACCAUGGCAAGUUACACGAUUGAGCAGCACGUCCAGAUGAUAAAAUUUUAUUAUCAAAAUGAGUGUUCAUUAGUGCAAACGUUGCGCGCAUUACGUCCAUUUUACGGCAGACGCGGUGGCCCUUCAAAGUCGACUCUACAACGUUUGGUGACCAAAUUCGAGACUACUGGUUUGGUAAACAACCAACCAACACCCUUACGUCAAAGGAACGCCAGAUCGGCCGAAAACAUCGCUGCUGUACGUGAGAGUGUGCAGGAGACUCCGAGGCAGUCGAUUUCUCGCCGUGCACAAGAACUCAGCCUUUCGCAGACUUCAAGUUAGCGAAUUUUGUGUCAGGACUUAAGCCUACACCCGUACAAGAUCCAACUGACCCAGGAGCUUAAAGUGAAUGACCAUAGACAACGCCGUUUGUUCGCUGACUGGGCUACAGAACGUUUGGAAGAGGACCCCGAUUUUGGCCGAAAAAUCAUCUUUAGCGACAAAGCGCACUUUUGGAUGAAUGGUUUUGUUAAUAAGCAAAAUUGCCGUAUAUGGGAGGAUCACAACCCACAUGAGGUUCACCAGGUGUGAACCUCAUGUGGGUUGUGCAUCCACAAAAAGUUACUGUUUGGUGCGGAUUUUGGGCCAGCGGCGUCAUCGAUCCGUACUUCUUCGAAAACGAUGAUGGCGUGGGCAUUACUGUCAACGGCAAGCGCUACAGAUCAAUGAUUAACAAUUUCUUUUGGCCUGAAUUGAACAAUAUGGACGUAGAUAACAUGUGGUUCCAACAAGACGGCGCUACGUGCCACACAGCGAGCGACACAAUGGACAUUCUGCAUGAACGGUUCGAGGGUAAGAUUAUCUCUCGCAGAGGUGACGUGAAUUGGCCACCAAGAUCAUGCGAUUUGACCCCGCUAGACUUUUUCUUGUGAGGUUUUCUAAAGUCGCAGGUCUAUGCCAAUAAUCCGCAAUCAACCGAUGCCUUGAAAGUCAACAUAACGCAAGCCCUUGCUCAAAUUCAGCCAGAUCUAUGCAGUAGAGUAAUAAAAAAUUGAACCUCUCGGAUCCGUGCCACCGUUCGAAGCCGCAAUGGACAUUUAAACAAUGUCAUAUUUCAUUAAUAAUGGCGUAAUUGGGCCAUUCAAAUAAAUAAAUAAAUUCUUUAAUAUCUCACA